AUGUUCCGGAGACGCGCGCUGCGGCGCCGGCUGGCGGCGGGCGGCGCGCCCAACGUGCCCGGCGAGUUGUUGCGGAGCUUAGCUAAUGCCCUGGACGCGGGCCCCGCCGGCGCGCCCUGCGUGCCCGGGCCCGCGGACCUACGCCUCGCCAUCAUCAGAACCUACCGCUACCCCGACCUGAAGGACACCGCCGAACUCCGUCGCCUGCCGCACUGCUCCGACCAGCAGUGCUGCAACCCCUACCACUACAGCCGCCUCUGCGAGCCCGAAACCCCUCCGCCUCCAUACAGUCGAAUAGCAAUGGACGACGUCAAACCUAAAGAGCACGGCCAGAUUACAGAAGAUGCGAGGAGGACGGACCACGAGCGGCUGGUCACGGGCUCCCUCGCCACUGAUGGCGAAGAGCGUCAAAGCUGGGAGUCGGAGUGGUGUCGCCUGGCGUACUGGGAGCUGACGCGGCGCGUGGGCCGGCAGUUCGGAGUGCGCGGUCGAGCCGUCGACGUGUUCGGAGGCUCGGGCGCCGGCCAGGGGCUGUGCGUGGACGCGCUGGACGCGGAGCCGCAGUCUAAAUUCUUAUUAUAAUCUUUCCAGGUGCGGAAAACUCGAGCGAAAAUAGGCCUAGGGGUGACAUUGUCACUCGAAGCAGACGGUGUCUGGCUUUACAACCGGAGCCAAGAACCAGUCUUUGUCAGCUCCCCAGCGUUAGACGCGGCAGCGGCGAAAGCUUUACUCGUGUGGAGGGUUGCACCGGGCCACUGCCUGUGUGUUUUCAACCCUUCUGCUCCCCCACCACCAAUGACACUCCCCCACGUGGGCCCCGUGGACCCCAGGUCGGUCAGGAUAUCCUUCGCUAAGGGCUGGGGUCCUAAGUACUCCAGACGGGACGUCACCGCCUGCCCUUGCUGGCUCGAAGUACUCCUAGCUCCUCCGAGCUGACGAUAAGAGUUGUGAUUGUGGA